GUUUACUGAUGAUUUGUGAGUCCGAGUCGCACUUUCGGUCCAUAUUGUCAUGCAACCAAUGACAUUUCGGUCUACUGUGGUGCUUGCUGUUGAUAUCAGCUUUCUCGUGGUCCCGUCUGUCGUGAGUCAACCAUCCGCGAUCCUUCUAGCACAUCUGUCUACCCUCUGUACCAUUGGCUCAUCAUUAGUCGCACUAUUCUUGGUCGGACAAAUCAAUGACAGUUUACGUGGCACCACUUGAGAAAUGGCCUCUUUCAUGGUAGGAAUGU